GGAAAGCUAGAAAUAAAGUUGGUUGUGGGAGAAAAAGGGGCCAAACGAAAAUUCUGGGGUCCAAUGAUCCAGUUCGAUAUUGGCGAGAAAGGAAAGAGGAGAGGAGGCGCGUGGGAUGGUGUUGGAGAUUGCUUCCCUCAGAAUGGAGUCCCCAGACUCGUCCUACGUUUCAUCUCCUGAAGUCGCCCCCAAGAGGUCGUCGAUCCCUCCCAACAGGACCAACCAUGAUGAUAAAGAGAAGCCCACAAGCAUCAGGUUUCUCGUGUCAAAUGCAGCAGCUGGUUCUGUCAUUGGAAAGGGUGGUUCGACCAUCACGGAAUUGCAAUCACAAUCUGGAACUCGCAUCCAAUUGUCUCGCAAUCAUGAAUAUUUUCCUGGGACAACAGACAGAAUAAUUAUGGUAUCUGGAAAUGUUAGUGAUAUACUUACAGCAAUGGAGCUUAUACUUUCAAAACUGCAGAGUGAGUCACAUGUUGAAGAUGGUGAUGAUGCUGAGUCUGCUUCAAAGUUGAGGCUUGUUGUUCCCAACAGUGCAUGUGGUGGCAUAAUUGGCAAGGGAGGCUCUACCAUAAAGUCAUUCAUAGAAGAUUCUCAAGCUGGCAUCAAGAUUUCCCCACAGGACCACAGCUUUGUAGGUGUGAAUGAUAGAGUUGUCACAGUGACAGGAUCUCUGGAGGAGCAACUGCGAGCAUUGUUCCUUAUUGUAAACAAACUUAUAGAAGAUCCCCAUUACUCACAAUAUGCAAAUUCUCCUCUUUCUUAUGCAGGUGCCAAUUUCUCUGGGCUUCAUGGAGUUCCAGUUAAUUAUGUGGUUCCUUCCAUUGUUCCAGCUGCAUACAAUGUAAUUAAUUAUGGAUCCAAUGGUGCUGCUGGGAAAUUUCACAAUAGCAAGGGCUUAAUGGCACCAGUUAUUGCACUGAGGCCAUCCAAUGUUUCUCGUGAAGCACAAAGCAGCCCACCUGCUAAGCCGGUGACACUUGGAGUUGCCGAUGAGCAUAUUGGUUUGGUUGUUGGUCGUGGUGGAAGGAAUAUAACAGAGAUUAUGCAGGCUAGUGGAGCAAGAAUAAAGAUUUCAGAUCGUGGCGAUUUUAUAUCUGGUACAUCUAAAAGGAAAGUAACAAUCUCAGGUACAGAGGAAGCUAUUCGUGCAGCACAAACAAUGAUUGACCAGCGGAUUGCUUCUUUUUCUGAACGAUGAUGAUUAUGAGCAAUGGGAGAGAAAUUGCAGAAUCUAAUUGAGGCGGAUACUAACAUUUACAAGAGGUCCAAUGUGAGAGAGUACAGUGCCUUCUUCUGAUCAUCUCGAUGAUGCUGCCCUCUAGUCUUCAUAUAGGGCAGCAACAAGCACAUUUUCAGAAGCUAGAAGAUUAGGUGGGAGGAGGGCGGAUGUCGGAACUGCUUUGUUAGUUUGAUACACGGUUGGUUACAAUGGUUUUAUAUGCGCACUUUGUGAAUAUUAUUUGCUAAUGCACACCUCAUUUCCGUUAUAUCGAAUAUCAGUAACUGAUUACUGUCAGAUGUAUCGCAAGAGGAACCCCACUUUUUGAUGAUUUCACCAAACCUUGUAACCUCCAACUCGUAUCAGAUUGAUUAAUUAUUUCGUGAAGGGUGUCUGUUUGUGUA